CGGGCAGGGCAACAGACACUUCACGUAAGCCGCAGUUCUUGACGGUACUUCUGCCGGGUAUAAUGGACAAGAUGAGGAUCCCUGAUAAGUUUGUACGAGACUACAUCACUGGAGAGAACCUGAACAGCAACAUGGCUAUCAUCUUAAGUCCCCUCGGCAAAUCUUGGCGCGUCGAGCUCGACAAGGAUCAAUCGGGCGUGUUUUUAGGGGGUGGAUGGCUACAAUUCUUGUCAUUCCAUGGUAUCUCUCGGGGCGACGUCGUGAUCUUCAGGUAUGAGGGAAACCUGGUGUUCAAAAUCAGUGUUUUUGGGCCCAAUGGACGCCAGAAAGAUUUCAAGGCAAAGGGCAUCAGCAUUUAUCAAGGUACUGGAGAGCAACAGGAAGCACCUUCUUUUUCUAGAAGGAAAUGUAAUAACAAGAAGAAGAGUAGAUUUGGUGAAGAUGAUGGAAACCAACAGGAAAUGCCUUGCAGUAGAAAGGGCAGCGGCAACAAAGGGAGAACAAGUGACAGAGAAACAAAAAGGAUGAGAAAAACCAGAUCUGUCUACGAGAUUGGACCGCGCUCUUGGAUAAAGAAGGAGAUCAAUGAAUAUGUUCUUGAAAGAUGCAUUCUCUCUCUCGCAAGGACCUUCUGCGAGUCGAUCGGUCUCGUAGAGGAGAGCAGCAUCACGCUGAUGAUGAUCGACACGACAUCAACGCAAGGAGAUCAAGGAGGAAGCAGCAGCAGCAGCAGAUCAUGGGAGGUGACCGGGCGUCGGUACAAGGACGCCUGCUACCUGCUGGGAGCCGGCUGGAGGAGGUUCUGCGAGGACAACGGCGUCAGGUCCGGCGACGUCUGCGUCUUCACCGUCCUCGACACCACCCUGUGGCGCGUCGACAUCGAGCGUUGCUGAUCUCAUACCACUGCUAUAUUUAUACUUCUUCCUUUCUGCGAUAUCUAAUAAACUUUUCCGUGGUUUGUCUUUCAGCUUAUGAGCAGAUACCAGAUUUUGAAUUUUAGAACUUAAUUUUGAUUUUUUUAUUAUGGUUUUAUUUUUGCAGUAUUGGCUUUUUAAAU